GGGAAAGGGGAAAUGACCAAUGUUAGUUCCAUCGAGACUAACGUUAGGAGCCCCCAAAUAUGUUUAAUCUCACGGACAACUCAAGGGAAGAACUUAAACCUCUACUUCUUAACGAAAAAUCCAAGCAUCCCCUUUCUCCCUAUCAACCUCACUCCUCACUGGCUAGGCAGACAUUUGUGUGACGUCAUAAUGACGAAAGCCCACCUCCCCAGGAAGAAGUCCCAACACCGGGACGAGAUGAAUAUUUUGGCCACAUACCAUCCAUUGGUCAAGGACAACGGACUCAUGAAGGUGGAUGAGCCCAGCACACCCUACCACAGGUCACAUGCAAAACACAGGUCCCCAUGCAUCAAGUACAUGGAAAGCAGUAACAUGGAAACACAGACCUUGGCUGUGAUUGGCCUUACACCACCCUUCCCCCCUGGGUCCCCUCCUGCCCCUAGGGCAGACUGCAGACCCCAGCCAGUUACCAGAAGUUGGGGGAGGGUUAUUCUGGAUGGAUGGAUGCUUGUUUGUCCUCAAGGGCACUCACCUCUCUUCCCUGCCACACCCCACAUCCUUAGGCUGGAAGACAGUGAUGAGGAUCUGAGAGCAGGAACUUCACAGGCAGUGUCACCAGAAGCGCUUGCUGAGAGGCUUGCAUCAUUGGAUAGUUUUUGCCCCAAAGUUCUUCAGUUUGGAGAUAACAAGAACACAGGCUGCGAGGACAAGUUAACAUCUAAAAAAAUGCAGAAAGAUUUUGAGUGGCAUCGUAAGGCUCGCUAUGAUGAGGGGAAGUACCUCAAAGCUCAGAAACUAGCUGCACAGGAUGGCGAAGAGGAGCCCCCAGGGUCCUUACAGGUACCUCUGGAUUGACCUGGGUGAUAGAGAAGCCCC